UGGCCGGUUACAUUUACAGAACAAAAUUACUUCCAAACUCCAUACAAGGGAAUGGGAACCCAGAGUCAGCCGAAUGUAUGUCCAUGGCAUGAAGAGUGACUCUGGCAGCAUGGCAGCAAUGCGGAGCGUCCUGUCUGUUGUGAUCAUCGCGUCCUGUCUGGUGUUCAGCAGUGCUCAACAAACAGUAUGCACGCAGGAAGCGGUGGCUGAUGUUGUGUUCCUGGUCGAUGGGUCAUCAAGUAUUGGGCUGGGCAACUUCAAGAAGGUCCAGCAGUUUCUUCUCACUUUGGUGGGCAGCUUUGAUGUGAGCUCAGCUCAAGUUCGGGUUGGGCUUGUCCAAUACAGCACAAGCCCACACCUAGAAUUCCUCCUUAAUACCUACCAAGAAAAGGAGCAGGUUUUGAAUCACAUCAGAAGCAUGCGUUACAGAGCAGGUGGCACGUUCACGAGGCUGGGCCUGGAGUUCAUGCUGACCACACUCUUUACGGCGGAGGGCGGCAGUCGGGCUCACGUGGGGGUUCCCCAGUUUGCGAUGGUCAUUACUGAUGGGAAGUCCCAGGAUGACGUCAAGCAGGCAGCUGACAUGGUCAAGAGAAGGGGCAUCACAGUGUACGCUGUUGGGAUUAAGGACGCCGAGCUAGAGGAGCUGCAUGACAUUGCCAGCAUGCCCGUGAGCAAGCAUGUCUACAAUGUGUAUGAUUUCGCCGCGCUGCAGGGCGUCUCGCAUGAUAUCGUCCGGGUGCUCUGCACCACCGUUGGGGAGGCCGCUCGCCAUGUUGUCCAGGUGCCGCAAGAAUGUGCAACAGCCAAUGUGGCCGACAUUAUGUUCCUGGUGGGUACCUCACCAAACUCCAGUCCCAAUGCUUUCCAGGAGAUGAAGAACUUUCUUAGAGGCUUUGUGGAAAGCCUUGAAAUCGGUCCAAACAGCGUGCAAGUGGGACUCGUGCAGAUUGGUGAUGACUCCCACCAGGAGUUCCUGCUGAAGGAUAACAGAGAUCAAACUACACUCUUAGAGAACCUUGACCGCCUUAGGCAAAGAGCAGGGAGUGCCAACAUUGGGAAGGCACUGCAACUCAUCAAAACUCGCUAUAUGGCUAAGGCAGGAGGAAACCGGAGCCCUAUGGUGGUGCCACAGAUAGUCAUUGUCGUCACAGACAGGAGCUCUGAAGACGAGGCAGAUGACAUUGCUAGCGAUCUCAGGGGGCAAGGAGCAUUCAUCUACGUCAUGACUGUGGGCAUGACAGACACCAAAAAGCUACAGAAAAUCUCCAACAGCCCCCAUGAACACUUCUUACUGACUGCCCAAAGCUACAGCAGCCUGACGACGAUGAAAGACAAACUCCUGCAAGUGGUGUGCCGCUCCGUGGAGUACCUCAUGGAAGCACUUACCCCAAGGAGUGCAGAUAUCGUCUUCCUGUUGGAUGCCACGAUAUCACCCCAACAAUAUCAGCAAGUGCGAAUGUUCCUAUCCCGCCUGAUGAACGCACUCACAGGCCGUGCGGACCACCGCUUUGCCUUGGUGCAGUUCAGUGACAAAGUGAGAACUGAUUUCCAACUGAACACCUCCCAAGAAUUCGUCAAGUUUUUCAAGAGCCAGCUGCGGCCACUACGUUCCACAACCAGCGACUUAAGCAAUGCCCUGACGUAUGUCGGUGAUAAUUUUUUCAUGCCAGGGGUGGGCGGAGUGUUGAGAGAGAGGGGGGGGAUGGUUCUCGUGGUCUUCAGCCCAGGGAAGUUCCAAGACAAAUUUGAUAGUGAAGUAAAAACUCUAAAGGAUAUGGGAGUGACUCUCAUUUGUAUUGGGUUUGACAAUUCUAAUGAGCAAACCCUGAAGGCCAUUUCCACAGAUUCUAAUAUGCAUUUGGUGACGCGACCAAACCUAUCAUUGGAUUUAAAGAAGACCAUAGAGAUCAAGGAGACGUUUGCGAAAUUACAGACUGCCUCAGAGUGCAGCUCUGCUAGGCUGGCGGAUAUUGUAUUCAUUGUGGAGUUUGGGAGGGACAAAAAGGAAUUCAAUGCCGUGCGUAGCUUCGUCCAUCAGAUAGUAGGUGGUCUUAACGUAAGCUCCAGCGGCGUAAGGGUGGGCAUCCUUGGGUACGGCAACACUCCCAAGGAUCUGGUCUCCCUGUCUGCCUUUAAUGAGAAGGAGGACAUCUUGCAGUACAUUAAGGUCAUGCCCUACCACAGCAGCACAGGUUCAAACAUGGGGCGUGCUCUGGAAUACGCUAAAAGCAACAUGUUCGCCACAAAAGCCGGAAGCCGCAAGAAGGAGGGUGUGCAGCAGCUAGCCAUCGUCGUUACGCGUGGAACGAGCCAGGAUGACGUGAACAUAGCAGCCUCUAACCUGCGACUCUCAGGAGUGACCGUAUACGCUGUGGGCAUGCAGGACACCAACACCACCCAACUGGAGCUUAUCGCUUCCUCUCCUGCCAGCAAGUUUGUUUUUACAGUGGACAGCAUAACGCAGCUCAACACGCUACAGAGUACCUUGAAGAAGUUCCUGUGUUACACCAUCAUUGACACACUUUAUUCCUCCCCGAGACGAAGGUUUCAGCUUAAAAAAGCAUGUACUCAGACAGAGGAGGCUGAUAUUUACUUCCUCAUCGACCAAUCUGGGAGCAUCACACCCCCUAACUUUAAGGAAAUCAAAGACUUUGUCACGGAAUUCAUCAAGAUGUUCAAGAUCGGACCAGAUCAGGUGAGGAUAGGCCUGGUGAAGUAUGCAGAUGCUCCCACGACAGAGUUCGAGCUGACACGAUACACCGACAAGCAGGAACUGCAGAAGGCAGUGCAGGAGGUGCAUCAGGUUGGUGGGGGCACAGAGACAGGAAAAGCACUCUCCUCCAUGCCAGAUCUGUUCCAGAAGGCGGCUGAGUCUCGGGGAGAAAAAGUGCCUCAGAUCCUGAUCACUGUCACUGAUGGAAAGUCAUCGGAUUCUGUCAUUAAUCCGGCCCGAACAUUAAAAGCCUUGGGCAUCACUGUUUACGCCAUUGGUAUCAAAGAUGCUGAUAAAAAAGAGUUGAAUGAAAUCGCCACCUCUAAAGACAAGAUGUUCUUCAUCGAUAAUUUCAGUGCUUUGAAACCCAUCAAGGAUAAUGUGGUCCGAGAUAUCUGCUCCCAGGAAGCAUGCAAGGAAGUCGUUGCAGACAUCACGUUCCUGGUAGACAGUUCUGGCAGCAUUGACAGUGAGGACUAUAAUAAAAUGAAGGCAUUUAUGGUCUCCAUUGUGAACAAGACAGACAUCGGUCAGGAUAAAGUUAAUUUAGGAGUUGUGCAGUACAGUGAUCAAUCAGAACUGAUAUUUGAUCUGAAUACAUUCUAUGACAAAGCAAGCAUGAGGACGGCCAUUAAUCAAAUGACGCAAUUAGGCUAUGGCACCCUGACUGGUGCGGCCCUCACUGACUUGUCUCAAUACUACGAAAAAUCCAGGAAAGGCGUUAAACAGAUUUUGAUCGUCAUCACUGAUGGCGAAGCCCAGGAUGACGUGGAGAUCCCUGCCGAGGCACUGAGAGAUAAGGGGAUUUAUAUAUAUUGCAUUGGUGUGGCUGGGGCACACCUCGCCCAACUGAUGGAAAUUACCGAUUCAAGGGACAGAGUCUUCUUUGAAAAGGACUUUGAUGCCCUAAAGCUUUUAGAAAAUAAAAUCCUUGUUGGAAUCUGUGAAAAGGAACCCGAGUGCAAAACAGAGGUGGCAGACAUAAUGUUCCUGAUGGACGGCUCUGGCAGCAUCAGCGUUGGCCAGUUCCAGAGCAUGUUGACAUUCAUGGUGUCCUUAAUUAACGACACCGACGUGGGACUGAAUCGAGUGCGCAUUGGGGCCAUCAUGUACGCCAACAAUCCCCAGUUGCUCUUCACUCUGACGCAGCACACCAGCAAGACUGCGGUGAGAAGCGCCCUCGCUGCCCUGAGGCAUCCUGGGGGCAGUACCUACACCUCCAAAGCCCUCCAGUUCUCCAAGAUAUAUUUUGGUAAGGAGCAUGGUGGCCGAAGAGAUGAUGGCGUCCCCCAGAUCCUGAUGGUGAUAACAGAUGGCCAGGCCACAGAUGCUAUUGCGCUGCCAAGGGUUUCCAAGGAUGUGCUGGAUGCUGGCAUCAAUGUCUAUGCAAUCGGCGUAGCAGGUGCUAUCGCAUCUGAACUGGAGACUAUGACCGGCAAUAAAAACAAGGUCUACUAUGUAGAUAACUAUGACUCUCUACACGGAAUUAAGAAGACUCUCUCCCAAGCUAUCUGCAAUGUAUCCAAACCAGAAUGUGUACUGACUAAAGCGGACCUUGUCGUGCUGAUCGAUGGGUCGGAGAGCAUUUCCCCCAAGAACUUCAUGAUCACCAAGAACUUCACGGCUAGACUUAUGUCCCGGCUCGUUAUUAGCCAGGAUCGCUGGAGGGUGGGCCUGGCGCAGUUCAGUUCCACUGCUCGGGAUGAGUUCUUCCUUAAUAAACAUUAUACUGAGGAUGCCGUCAUAAAUGCUAUCAGAGCUGUGGAGCAGCUGAGGGAAGGCACAAAGCUUGGGAAAGCUCUGGAGUUCAUGGCGAACUUCUUCACACCCAGUGCCGGCAGCAGGAUUGGCCAGAGGGUGCCCCAAAACUUGUUGGUGAUAACAGAUGGGGAUUCACAUGACGAGUAUCGGAUUGCCGCAGAAAAACUGAAGGCAAAGGGAAUCCAGAUCAUCGUGAUUGCCAUAGGAGAAGACACUGGGGAAGGCCGCAUGAAGCUGUUGCAGAUCUCUUCCAAUAAAAGGAUUUUCUUUGUCGAUGAUUUCUCGGUACUGCAAGAUGUCAGCACGCAGGUAUUUGAUGAUCUGUGUACGAAACCAGCAGAAACUCCUGCGAGCUGCACGAUGGACGUAGCCGUCGGAUUUGAUAUCUCUACGAGAUUCGCAGGGUCGGAGUUCUUCAGCGGGUUUGCGGGCAUUCAGACCCACCUCGCCGAUAUCGUCAGAGCCAUGACCAGCCCCCAGAGUCUCUGCUGCUUGACAGGAGAUGACAAGCUCAUGCCCAACGUCGGCUUCCGCCUGGUCGGCCGAGAUGGAGGGAUCGUUGUCGACUACAACUUUGAAUCCUAUAAUGCGGAAGUGCUGCGGAAGCUGCUGGAGCUUCAGUACAGCGGCACCACAUCCUUCAACAGGCAGAUGCUCCAGUCACUCCAGCAGAAACUCAGCGGGUCGAAAGCCGGUGUGAAGGUCAUGGUCAUCUUCAGCGACGGCCUGGGCCCCACCGAUGACACGCUUGAGGAACUUCUCAAGGAAUCGGAGCACCUCAGAACGGAAGGGAUCCAUGGGCUGCUGGUGGUGGCAUUAGGAAAUGUUCAGGACUCACGACUGCAGCAGCUGGAGUUUGGCCGGGGCUUUGAGUACCGGUUGCAGCUGAGCAUCAACAUGCAGAGCGUGGCUAGCACCAUGCGGGAGCAGGUGGUCACGGUCGCAGCUCGGCAAUGCUGUUCAGUCAUGUGCCAGUGUGGGGGCCUGGAGGGAGCUCGUGGCCAUGCGGGUCCACCCGGGACGCAGGGCUCGCUGGGACUGAAAGGAUACGCAGGAUACCCAGGAGAUGAAGGACCAAUGGGAGACAGGGGUGGCCCAGGUGUGAUUGGAACUCGUGGAUUACAGGGCUGCCAAGGGAAAUCGGGCGCCAAGGGGAGGACUGGCUUCAGGGGUGAACGGGGUAUUACUGGGGAGAACGGUCUGGACGGCAUUCUGGGUGAACAGGGCACCACAGGUUCUGCUGGGGAGAAAGGAGAGAGAGGAGAUCCAGGCAGCCCAGGUUACCAGGGCACUCCAGGAGAACCUGGCGUGAAAGGUCGGCCCGGUUUGAGAGGCGACCCGGGAGAGCCUGGAACUUCUAACAAUGUCCCAGGUGCCAAAGGGGAAAUAGGAUACCCAGGAUUACAGGGUGACGUUGGGGACAAUGGAGCGCUGGGAGAUCUAGGUAGUCCAGGUAACCAGGGUCCUGAUGGCAGAAGAGGUGAACCAGGUUUUCCGGGGGCACCUGGAAAUCCAGGAGCAACUGGACCUUUGGGGACCCCUGGGUCCCCUGGGCCACAGGGGCAGAGAGGAAGCUCUGGACCCCCUGGACCUAAAGGGGUUAUAGGCCUACCUGGGCCUCAGGGUCCACCAGGAGCUCUGGGUGAGAAAGGACGUCUUGGACCUUCAGGCAUGAAAGGAAUGAAGGGCCAAAUGGGAGAUAUGGGCAUGAAAGGAGAACCUGGACCAGCAGGUCUGAGAGGGUCACCGGGCCAGGAUGGUACUGAUGGUUAUGGGGAACCUGGAGCCAGCGGACUGAAGGGAGAGUCCGGUUUCCCCGGAUUCCCUGGACUCACAGGGGAGAUAGGGUUCCUUGGAACUAAAGGGAAUCCGGGUCCGAAGGGGAACCGUGGACGAUCAGGCUAUGCUGGAAUGCCAGGAGAAACAGGAGAUCGUGGGAGUCCUGGAUCUCCAGGGUGGAAGGGACCAAGAGGAAUAACUGGACGGAGACAAAGAUCUACAUGUGACCUAGUCACCUAUAUUAAGGACAACUGUGGUGAGCUAUUACUUUGCAUGAUUCCCGGCUGGAUUAGACAUUUGGACAGCAUCCUGGAAAAACCUUUUCUUUCCUGUGCAACACCAGGUCGACUGUCCUGUCCCCCCUACCCAACCGAGCUUGUGAUUGCCCUGGACAUGUCACAAGAAGUGACGAAUGUGGACUUCCGGCGAAUUAACGAAACAGUCGGGGCACUGCUGGAUGGAGUGGCCAUUGCGGAGAGCAACUGCCCCAUGGGAGCCCGGGUGGCCAUAGUCUCCUACAACACCAACAUCAAGUACCAUGUGCGGUUUUCAGACCAUCACAGCAGGCGAAAACUUAUGGACGCCAUCUGGAACAUUCCGUACGUGAGGUCGUCCAAUGUCCGGAACAUUGGGGCCGCCAUGAGAUUUGUGGCCCGCAAUGUUUUUAAGCGCACACGGCAGGCCACUCUGAUGAGGAAGGUGGCAGUCUUCAUCACCAGCGGCACGUCCCAGGACAGAGUGGCCCUCAGCACUGGUGUUCUGGAGCUCAGGGCCAUGGACAUCAGCACUGCUGUUGUGGCCCUAAAGCCAGCUCCCGAACUCAGACGUGUGUUUGAGGUGGAUGACAGCGGCACCUUUAUGCUCACUAACUUGGAAAAGAACCUGGAGGUCAAACGACAGCUAGAGACAAUCAAGAAUUGCAUCAUCUGUUUCGACCCAUGCAGACCAGGCAGCGAGUGCAGAGUGAGGAACACGGCGCCCAUAGACGAUAUGGACAUGGAUCUAGCCUUGCUGAUGGACAGCUCCAGCAGUUUGCAGUCCAACCAGUACCAUGGAGUCCAGCAACUUCUGGGCUGGGUCGUGGACCAGAUAGUCAUCAGCAACCAGACCCGGAGACCUGACCGGGUAGCCAGAGUUGCGUUAGUCCAACAAGGCAUCUCCAGUCAACUUCAUGAGGGUGAGAAUCCAGUUCAUGUAGAGUUUGGCUUCACGCACCAUCCCUCUGAUAUGAAGAGGAACAUCGCUCAGAUGAGGCAGGUGGGAGGCCGUGGUGCUCUGGGUCAUGCAGUAGAGUGGACCACCCAAAACCUACUGUCAGACCCUCGAAAGAACAAGGUGAUCAUAGCCGUCGUUGGAAGGGAUGGCAGCUACUUGGACCAGCAAAAGUUGGAAAGGGUCUCCAUGCAGGCCAAGUGCCAGAACUGGGUCCUGCUCACCCUCACCGUGGGCACGGAGUUUAACUGCACGCAGGUAGAAGAACUGGCCAGCGAGCCCAUAGAGCAGCACAUCGUCCACCUAGGCCAGGCGAAGGCGGCAGAGCUACAGUACGCCCAGCGUUUCCUCAGGACCUUCUUCCAAAUCCUAAAAAGGGGCUUCAACAAAUACCCAUCACCCCGUCUUCAGCAGACCUGCAGAAGAGUAAGACCCACAGCAACAAUAUCAGAAGCUGCCUGGGGGCCGCCAGCUCAGAGUUUUAUUGCAGAAGAGCUGGUCGGACAGGGGCCAGCAGUGGAAGUUUAUGCCGAUGAGAGGCACAUCAAAGGGGACGGCACCGAGGCUGAGGUGAUAGAAGAGGCAGCCGAGUCUGAGUAUGGAGCUACCAGCGGGCUCCCUGCCACUUGCUUACUGCCGUUGGAGACUGGCGGCUGUCAGAAUUACACUCUGAAGUGGUACUUUGACUCCUCAAAGAAAGAGUGUUCCCGAUUCUGGUUUGGAGGCUGCGAUGGCAACGACAACAAGUUCGAGAGCUGGGAGAAGUGCGAGGCUGCCUGCAUGAUGAAAUAGUUCUCAGGGACCUCGCUUCGUCUGAAAACCCAUUCAUGUUUGCUCCUGUCCAAACCUCAACCCUGCACUGCAGAGCUGUCCCAUGGCAAAAUGGGAUGUUUCUCUUUUAUACAUCCUCAUCAUCUGUCAGUGCCAAAGAGUCACACUUUAUGUCAACAUAAAAAAAAGAAACAUUCGCUGGUCAAAAGUCUGCUCCCAUAAUCAAGAGCGGACGAGCAGGAAUUACAGAUGCCCAACCUAUGUCAAUAAGAACUGCAAUAAGUUUUUAGCUAUAGAAAGCAACCUUGUAGCUUACUUUACAAGAACACAAAUCUGACAGUAUUUACCUUCCAUAAUCCAUAUGGUUCAUCAAUAUUUUUUACAAUACUUGACCGAACUUGGAAUUUGUACCUGGAAUUGUCCAUCUGCUUUCAUUGUCCAGUUUGAAUUCCAGUGCUGUGCUUCGAAGUUAAUGAUAUUCCAGUGCUGUGCUUCCCGGUUAAUGGUAAAAGCAGUGCUUUCAGGAACAUUCUUACUUUAUAAAUUCUCUCCAACUCAUAAAUAGGAAGCAGCAAAACUCGUCAGAUGCGUCACAUCAACGCAACAGAUUAUUUUCAGUCUGUAACUCUUUCUGUGGGAUACUGUGGUAUCUUCCCACGCCCGGGGCAGAGAUGAUCUGUUUGUAAAUGACCGACUGAUGUUGGUAAAUAAAAUCAGCUAUCUCACAAUCCCUGUUUCAGAGUUUCCCACAGUCUAGACACCAGUACCUUUGUACUGAUUAAAAUCAAGGAUGUAUUUAUUGAAAAUAUAAAAUCAGAUUCUUCGGUGUGAGCUGAGAUCUUUUUCUGUGCUGGGUUGCUUGCUGUUAAACCUGGAUACCUUGGGUUGCUUGCUGAUACCUUUUUACGAUGGUGCUAGAGUCAGAUGACAUACAAAGACUGACCUCAAGAAGAUUUGAUGGCUGUUUUCAUUAAAUACUCGAAGAAAACAAAGCUAAUCUCAUUUUUCCAUGAAAUGUGUGUUCGGCUUGUUUUUACAUGCAUGUCAAACGCGAGACCACAUUCUCUCACUCCUGUAUAACCAACCAUUUUAUAAUUUGUUCAAAUACAAAUCUCUGUGGAACUCAAACAAUAUGUCAUACCAAUCACAUUAAAAUGUUGCUUUUAAACCAUUGUUAAAAUUUGGUAUUGAUUUUCAUAGAAAGGCACAGAUAUUGGAGGGUUUCAUACUUGACAGUAACAUAGUCUUUUUCAGUUCAUUUUUGAUCAGCGGCAGCAUAAGAUCCUGUACAUUUCUUUAUUUUUCACAUUCUGUGCAGAGGGAAUGAAGGCGAUGGUCACGCUUCACCACAUCACAUACUCACUUAUGUCCCGAGACAUAAUGUAUGUCACACAUUAAAUGCGACCUAUAAAACA